AUGACUGGCGCUGGAUCAUCAUUGAUGCCCCUGAGAGGCAUUCUGAAGAAUUCUCAUUCAUCUGAUGAACCAGAGCUUUUAGUUCACAAUCCCGACUGCCCCCUGCGCUGCCAGGUACCAUCUCCUGCCGUUGUGCCCUUAACCCCUCCAGGGGGGGUGAGUCAGGCAGAAGACACAUUUCAGUGGUUAAAAUAAAGUAUGUAUUCUGCUUCAGUCCUCCCCAGUGCCCCUGACCCAGCUGCAGUGCCACCUCAGCCUUGGCUCCAACUCAGCAUCACUAUCCAACCCAGGCAUGCCCCUCAAAGGCAUCCUCAGGACCAGCAUCAGCUCUGGGGCGACGGAAACACAGAAAGAUUGUAACAGUUCUAAAUUUCGGUGAGGUCCUUUUUAUUUCCCCCCUUAUUUUCCCUCAGUGAAAGAGGAUGGGUGCAUUGCACAUUGCUUGGGGUGCAUUGCACAUUGGUUUACUUACAUUUACUAAAUUCAAUAUCAACAAGCUUUUGUUAUCCCUAUGUUUCAUGCCUGAAAGGUUUGUUUGAACCUUGUGCACUGUAUUUCCACCAUGCUUACUAGGCCUAAUUAUAUUCUGCUCACCAUUCAGCCGUCUCCCCUGUUCUGAGUUACAAAAUCAAGAAGAUACGAGGAGAUGCACCAUUUAGGCUUUAGAACUUUGUGGUCCUUGCCUAUGUUUCAGGAAGAGACAGAGAUGGGACGAGGGCAACAUCCUAGCCACUAGCUGUCACUCCUGGCUGAUGCCGGUGUCAGGGAGUAAGGAAGUCAAACCUGGGCCUCAUCUGUGAGUAGAUCAGAAUGAUGGAGGUAUAUAGGGAAAUUGAUAUCCAUAGUGGACAUACUGCCAUUGCACCUGCAAUUCGUUGAUCAAUCAUCUUCAGUGAAUGAAGUAAAAAGACAAAUCUCAGUUUACCGUGGACAAUAUACAUUCUUCUUCUUCUUCUUCUUCUUCUUCUUCUUCUUCUUCUUCUUCUUCUUCUUCUUCUUCUUCUUCUUCUUCUUCUCAGGUGUAGUGUCACCAUGUUGGAUGGGGGUGCAGGCACCAGUACAUCAGGAGAACAGAUAUGUCUGUGUAUGAGUAAGAGGUAAGAGGACAGAAAGAACAUUGGAUUUUAUGCAUCAGAUAUGCUGUGUCUGUCUUGAUGUACAGUACCAGUCAAAUGUUUGGACACACCUACUCAUUCAAGGGGUUUUCUUUAUUUUUUACUAUAUUCUACACUGUAGAAUAAUAGUGAAGACAUCAAAACUAUGAAAUAACACAUAUGGAAUCAUGCAGUAACCAAAGUGUUAAACAAAUCAAAAUAUAUUUUGUAUUUGAGGUUCUUCAAAGUAGCCACCCUUUGCCUUGAUGACAGCUUUGCACACUCUUGGCAUUCUCUCAACCAGCUUCACACUUUGCCUUGAUGACAGCUUUGCACACUCUUGGCAUUCUCUCAACCAGCUUCACCUGGAAUGCAUUUCAAUUAACUGGUGUGCCUUGUUAAAAGUUAAUUUGUGGAAUUUCUUUCCUUCUUAAUGCAUUUGAGCCAAUCAGUUGUGUUGUGACAAGGUAGGGGUGGUAUACAGAAGAUAGCCCUAUUUGGUAAAAGACCAAGUCCUUAUUAUGGCAAGAACAGCUCAAAUAAGCAAAGAGAAACGACAUGUCAAACACAGAAGUCAGGCAAAAUGUCCCUGUAUUGCAAUUGGGAAUGACAUUGAUUGGAGAACACCUAAGAUGCCAUGCCUCCACUGACAGCAUCAGGCUUUGUCUAAAACUCAAAUAACCGAUAAUGUCCACAUGGCUGAGUGGCUUAUUAUUCCUUAUCUGACCUGAUAUUCUUUCUCAGGAAGAAGAGCCAGAGCUGGAAUGAGAUGAGUAUUAUGGCCACUCAGCCUCCCUACACGGACAACCCCUGGAUGAAGGCAGACGAUGGGUUCACUGCCUCUGUUGGCCUAUUUACUAGGUGCAUAUGCAAGUGAAAGGGUAUCAUUAGCAUACACCAUUCUGUGUCCAUCUCUCCUCUCUCCCUCUCUCCCUCUAAUUACCUAUCCUGUGUGUUUCUGUCCUCUCCUCUAGGCGGUCCCUGUCCCUCAGGGAUGAUGCAGGUCCCAGCCACAGCAGUACCAGCACCUCUUACAGCCAGCCUCCGUGCUCUCCACUGAAGCCUGUGAAGAAGUGAGAACACACAGACAAAUAUAUUCAGACGCAUACACAUAUAGAGGUUAUCAGUACCCUAUGCUACAAGGCCCAAGAUGAAUGUGUGAUUUUAGGGGAAACUCUUAUUCAGCAUGUCUUUCAGUUUCUUACUGACUAACUACGCUUAAACUUAAUACAUUUUUGCCUUUAGCUCAUCAGCCUCAAAUCAGUAUCCAAACCGAAACCAAUUAGAUCAACCUAAGGACACCUCACAACACGGGAUGAUGGGCUCGUCAAAACAGGCGAUAGAGGCAAAGGCUAUGGCCACAGAGGAGAGUGCAGACAUAGAUCUCUAUGGUGAGUAGAUAAAAAAGCACACAAUUACAGUACUCUACGGUAUUGAAUAAUCACCCCCAAAUGCAUCUUGUCUAUGCAUUGAGCAGAUGUUGAAAGCUAAGAGCAUUGUGGUUCUAUUUUAUCUCACCUGCUGCCUUCUCACCUGACAAUCACCUUGUUGAAUUCAUUCAUCCUCACAGUGAGCCCCAGCUUUGAGCAGCUGAGGAAAGCCCACUUCAGAGAAGACAGAGAGGUGCUCCUGGCUCGGAGAUCCAUAGUCAAAGAUGAUGAUGAGGAUGAAGAUACGGAGAGUACGGAUUACACCGUCCCCAUGCUAAACUAUUGCAGCUGCACCUCCAGUGGCGGGGGAUACGCAGCACCGAUGUGCAAGCGAACACAGACCGGUGAGUUACGAACAUGA